AUUUAACAACCUUUGCCAUUUAACAUACUAAACUAAUAAACAUACAAUCAUGAAGAGCGUCUUGAAUAUCUGCGUUUAUUUCGUUCUAACAUGGAUAGCAGCUGGUAAAAGUAUAACACCUAAUUUUGCAACAAGAAUUGCUGGUGGUGAAAAUGUCACCAUCGAAGAAUUUCCAUAUCACGUAUCUGUAGAGUAUCGUGGCAGGAACUUGUGCGGAGGUUCACUCAUAGGUGAUACAGUAGUUUUAACAGUCGCGCAUUGUGUAAGUACAGCUUCACCAGAAAUUAUAAAAGUUCGCGCAGGUACAGACAAAAGAGAGAAAGGUGGAGUUGUCGUAAAUGUCAAAGAAAUACAUUUACACGAGAAUUUUUCUCGUUCAGGAGUCGAUCUGAGUUAUGAUGCUGCUUUAUUAGAGCUUAGCGAACCAUUAUCACUAUCAGAUAAAAUUAAUACGGUUGAACUUAUAGAAGAAAAUGAGUCCCUGGAAGUGGGUACAAAAGGAAUUGUAGCAGGAUUUGGUCGCACAAAGGCAGGCGGACGUUAUCCCAGUAACCUGAUGAAGGCUGAAUUGUCAACUGUCGAUCGCAAAGAAUGUCGAGAUAAAUAUGACGAAAAUGAACUGCCAGUUACUGAUACUAUGUUUUGUACCAGUACAGCUGAGGGUAAAGAUGCGUGUCAAGGUGAUGAUGGUGGUGCUUUUCUAGUUGAUAGUAAACAAUUUGGAAUUAUUUCAUGGGGUUGGGGAUGUGCUAGAGAGGGCUAUUAUGAAGUAUACACAAGUAUUCCCGCAAUUCGUGCAUGGAUUAAUUCAAAAGUAAAUAUUUAAAUUAAAUUCAUAAAAUAAAAAGUAAAAAUGUAAUAUUUCAUUGAUAAGUAAGUCACAAAAUAAAUAAAAUAUUAACCGAGUAAAUUAAAUAUCC